AUGAGACGGGUCAUAGACCCAGCUUGGGAAUGUGGCUUAGGCUUCGGAGAAGUCAAGCGCAGCCGCACAGACUUACGCCUGCCCUGGGAGGAGCCUAUUUUCAGUUUUGUGGCAAGCGACAGGUGCUUCUUGGACGACGUGCAGGCGUCUCUGCUGGAUCCGCCAGACCCGGUAGCCCUGCCUACGCCGGUGUUGGAGACAGCUAAGACCUCGCUUUUGGCUCCAGCCCAGUUGCCUCAGCCCAAACUCAGACGUUUGUCUCAGUGGAAACCUCAGGACAGUCAAGCAGAAAGACAAGCAGCCCUCUCCAAGUGGAGUCAACUGUUGCGAGCAGCCCCUCACUUCUUCACUGAGGCGAUUCAGUUGGAGAUAGUCCAUGAAAACAUGCAGAUUGAGUUGGGAAACUUUGACCUGAGGUUCGCCAAGAAGAGCACAAACACUCUUCUGAACAGGGUUAGCAGUCUGCAGAGGUUUGCAGCCUGGGCCCUGAGGUCCUUUCCGCAUGAGCCCCUGGCAGAAGCCUUGGUUUUCCUCUACUGUCAGCAACUCAGUCAGAAACAGACUGGUAGCAGUGCCCCGGACCAGCUGUGCCAGGCCCUCAACUUCGCAGGAGGGACCUUAGAAUUCAGAGUGCCUCAAAGUGACCUGGUCAGCGCCCGAGUGCAAGGACUAGCUCAUCAGUGCAUGAGACAACAAAAGCCACCUCAGCAGGCGCCGGCCCUAACAGCCGACCAAGUCAGGUGGCUACAGACGGUGGUUCAGUCUGACGAGACGCAGUAUGAGAGAUAUAUGGCAGCCACUUUUCUUUUCAUGAUUUAUGCAAGGGCACGCCAUAGCGACAUCAGGCGAAGCAAGCGAAUCACAGUCGACAGGGAUGAGAUGGGAAACCCCGUCUACAUUGAAUGUUCAGUCUUAAAUCCCAAACAGUCGAAGGCCAGUCGGCGUAGAAACCUCUUCUUGCCACUAGUUGCGCCGGCAGUCGGCAUCUGCGAGCAGCCUUGGGCAGUCGAGUGGUUGUCGCUUCGCGAGCACCUUGGCUUGGUCUGCGACGGUGACAUAGAGAACAGCCCCUUGCUACCCGAACUCGCAGCCGACGGCGGCCUCCUUCAAGUCAACAUGGACUCAGCCACGGCUUCCCGGUGGUUGCGAUGCCUGCUAUCCAGACAACCUGGCAGCAAUCAGUCAGACCUUCUGAAGUUUUCCAGUCAAGGUCUGAAAGCUACCUGUCUCAGCUGGUGCAUGAAGUACGCCAUUGCAGACCGUGCCCAGACUUUGUUAGGCUAUCACAGUCUAGGCAAGAGCGCCAGUGCCAUAAGUUAUGGCAGAGAUGCACUUGCAGGUCCGCUUCGCACUCUUGAAACAGUGCUAACGGACAUCAGGCAAGGCAAGUUCAAGCCGGACUCCACGAGAUCGGGCAGGUGGCAGACGGCGAACGCUUCAGCCUCCGCCUCUUCCGCUACACCGCCGCAACCGCCAGCAGACGCGCAGGAGCCGACUGCAGUCUCGGACUCAGACAGCUCUGCCGAAGACCUGGCCUCUGAGGGUUCAUCGGGCGAGGAUACUCAGCUCUUGCACAGUGUCAGUCACAGCCUAGCCUUGGUAGCAGGUAGUGAUGACUUUCAGUUUUUGACGAAUGUGAAAUCAGGAAUUGUGCAUAUCAGUCGCAGAGAGGCGGACCGCCUCCUUUGCGGGAGAACAGUCUUCAGUGGCCUUAAGAUCGCCGCUACAGUCGAUUUCAGCCGUGUACAGGCCUGUUUGACAUGCCAGUCUGUGGCAGAAGGUCUUAUAGCUGGGGAGUGGGCUUGUGCCACGUCCUCCUAA